AUGCCACGGAACUGCUCUGAGAGUGUGAAGCUAGUCAUCAAAAAAGUUGACUCCAUUCUGUCAAAGGCUGACAGGCAGGAGAUCGCUGAGAUGAAGGAGUUUGGCGUGUCAUUGCUCAAUGAUGUUGAUUUCGCAAGCACGCUGACAAAGAUACCGCCAGACAGCUUCUCUUACGUCUCGGAAUUCUGCAAUCAUAUGGAGAAGACCGUCAAUAACGGGACGCUCAACAAGGGUCUAAAUGAGGCUGAUGUUGUCCUAGAUGUUGCGUGGAAUAUGUUCGCGAAUUUGAUAUAG